AUGUCGACUGCUCAGGAUAUUCACCCAUCCAAUGGAGGCGACCUUGUUGACGGCAUCGGCCAACUGAAGCUGGACGACCGACUGGGCCCCGACGGCGAACCUGCCCCUAAGACGGACGAGGAAUACGCUCAGGCGCAACUGACUCUUCGUGCUAUCGUUUCCUCCAAGGAGGCUGGUGUCAUCAUUGGCAAGGGCGGAAAGAAUGUGGCUGAUCUUCGCGACGAAACUGGCGUAAAGGCUGGUGUGAGCAAGGUGGUGCAGGGCGUCCACGAUCGUGUUCUUACGAUUACGGGUGGCUGCGAUGCCAUCUCUCGAGCUUAUGCAAUUGUCGCCCGCGCUCUGCUGGAAGGCGCACCUACCAUGGGGAUGGGAGGAAUUGUCCAGAGCAAUGGGACCCACCCCAUCAAACUUCUUAUUUCUCAUAACCAGAUGGGCACCAUCAUCGGAAGACAGGGCCUCAAGAUUAAGCACAUUCAGGACUCAUCAGGAGUGAGAAUGGUCGCUCAGAAGGAAAUGCUUCCCCAGUCAACAGAACGAAUUGUAGAGGUUCAAGGCACCCCUGAAGGUAUCCAGCGAGCCGUGUGGGAAAUUUCCAAGUGUCUGGUCGACGAUUGGCAACGCGGAACUGGCACAGUGCUCUACAAUCCCGUCGUGCGAACCCAACCCGCUGGCGCAAGCAGCGCUAGCUCUGGCUAUGGCACAGGAGCCCCGAGGUCAGACUACAACAGCAGCCCUCGCGUAAUGCGCACUGGUAAUGGGGCUGAUUUCAGUGAUGGCGGCGCCCGUCCUUUUGGUCGACGCUCUGAUUCUGACGCAGCAGCUCGCGGACCUCCCACACACGACGAAAAUGGCGAGGAGAUCUUAACACAAAACAUCAGCAUCCCCGCAGACAUGGUUGGCUGCAUUAUCGGUCGCGCUGGUAGCAAGAUUAGUGAGAUCCGCAAAAGCUCCGGUGCGCGUAUUUCCAUCGCCAAGGCGCCUCAUGAUGAGACUGGUGAGCGUAUGUUCACCAUCAUGGGCACCGCCAAGGCCAACGAGCAGGCUCUCUUCCAGCUUUACGAGAAUCUUGAAGCCGAGAAGAUGCGCCGGACUCAACUCCAGGAGUCAGAGUAA